GAAGAAAAAAUAAUAAUUCUUCACCAGAAAGUCAACUUACUGACCUACUUAUAGUAUAACAGGUAACAUUAUAGGUAACCAUUAGCAGCCACAAUUGAUCUAAUAACGGAUUCACUUGGCAUCAUGUUACUACAGGUAGUAAGAGAUUUUCAAAUGUUUGCGUCACUUGUUUCUAAACACAACUUGCCAUUUGAACAAAGGGGUCCGGCGUAUUGGUGGAUUGUGUUUAUAUGUGGAUGGCAAGAGUAGCCAUAGUAGUAUGGGGUUGUUUCAUCCACGUUUAAACACCGUGCACCCAUGUUCCGGAUCCAUUUGCAUACGACAUAUUAUCAGUCAAUUCAUUAAAGGUAGAUCAAUCUAGCCAUUUUAAUAACCCCCAUCAAAGCGGAACUUAAACAUUUUAAAAGGACAAAUUAGCUUUUUUAUUAUUGCAACAAAAUUUUCAGAAAUGCGUUUGUCUUAACAGCAUGCAAAAAUAUGCGCUCACUAAUAAACUAAUUAUAAGAAGAACAAAAAAUAAAAAGUGAAACCUUUCGAGCAAAACACUUGUGUUCUGCUGCGAUGUUGUCGUAGAAUGUUUCAGACUUUUUCAUCAACUUAAAUUCAAGAAGAGAUGAAAAAUGGCUGACAAAUACUACCGCCUUGUUAGUUUCCUGAUAAAUAUAUGCCCAGAACCUCUCAGAGAACUGUUUUUACAAAAUGCCAAGUCCGAUACAAAACCUGGCAUACCAUAUACAUCAUUGGAUGCUUACCUUGCAUCUAGAAAACCAGACGUAUUAUCAUUGAAGAGCAGACGCAAACUGAGAGAUGACCAGUAUGAUCUUCUAUAUCCCAAUUCUGGACUAGCAGAUGAGUCGCAGUGGGACAUUACCUUGUUAGCUGUUUUAAUUCUUGAACUAUUUGGAUCAUACAUUCCGAACCAUGUCCAAUUUUUCAUCAGAGAUAUACGAGAUAUGAGAAACAGUCUACAACAUGUAUCGAAAACUUCAAGUAUUAGUGACUCAGUGUUUCAGAAGAACUGGGAUCGCUUGGAAAUAGCAACUUUAACUUUGGCUAAAGUUGUAAAUGGAACUAAUUAUGAGAAUGUUAUGAAAGAGAAGAUUGAAACAGCCAAGAUCUCAAACAUGCCAGACCUUGGUAACACUCUGUGCUUAUGGUUUAUGGAAAUCAAUACACAAAAUAUGGCUGAAAUGGCAGAAAUGAAAGUGAAAAUUAAAGAAAUAUCAGAAGACACUAAAGAAUGCAAAGCAAAGGCCAGCGAGAGUGCAAACAUUCUACAAAAUGCUUGCAUGGCUAAACCAGGACCAACAGGGAAACCAAAUAAAAGAAUGAAAACAGUUGAUAAAAAAUUGAAGAAUAUGCAAGAUCAGUUUGAAAGAACAAUGAAUGCAGAAAUUCCAGAGGACUUCAGUGCUCCAAAAGAGACUGACAAGAUUAAAGAAAAGUUACUACACAAUCACCUGGUGAUUGUAGCUGGUCAGAACAACAGUCUGUAUGCAGCAUCUGCCCUCACAGCCAUCAAAGACAUGGGUUAUAAUGAGAAACGUUGUGUGGAGAUGGACAGUUCUUCCGACUGGAGCCAUGUAGACUCAGAAGAUGUUGAAUUUGUUCUUUGCCGUGAUCCAUUUGGCAGAGAUGAGUAUGAUGAGGAGAAAGCCAAAGGUAUGGCAAGCAUAUUCAGUAGUAUACAACAAACAGUGAAAGAGGACAGAGAUGACAAGAAGCUUGCUAUUCUAAUUACAUCAGAUAUUGGAGUGUUGAAUGAAUGUAAAGAGAGACAUUAUCAUGACAUUCUGGAGGAAGUGGUCACAGUUUAUUACUCUACAAGUGCAACUCAACCAGCUGAUCUUACAGUGGCCAGAUGUAACAAAACCAUUGUUCCUUCAACUUCAACGAUUUCGCAAAAUCUUGCAGACCAAACACGCUUUUUCCUAGAUCAUCACAAAAGGCAAGUGCAUCCAGAUAUUUUGAAGGCAGCGAAAGACAAGUUCAAGGUUCAUAAAUCAGUGGUGUUGGUAGGACCACCAGGAUGUGGUAAAACAUCACUUGCAGUAGCUCUUGCAGCUUCCUACCAGCCAUCACAAGUUCUUCUUCUGACAUAUCCUGAACAGGUUCAACAUGUUGACCAGAACAGAACAUAUCUAGUUAUCAUUGAGGAUUUUGCUGGGAAAUAUGAUUAUAACAAGACAAACAUUUGUAGCUGGUACAAAACAUUCGACAUUCUUCAUGUCAUGAAAUCUGCUGGCAAACUCAACAUCAUUCUAACAUGUGACAAACAGAAGUUUAAGAAAUGCACUGAAAAAAUUGCCGCUCAUCCAUUGCUGGAAUGUAUGGAGAAGCUUCAACGUAAAAAUAUUCCAGUGAAACAAGAGAUACACACUAAUGUCAGCCAGGCACAGACUGUCACUGUAGAAACUGUUUCCAAUCAAAGUGGAACCGACUAUCCUGGCAGGGAGACUCCUUCAGAUUUAAGUGCACCAGGUGCACCAAGAUUUACAUCUGUUGUCAGUAUGGAGGAGUGCAUCAAUCUGAGAAAUUUUGUUCCUGACUUUGACUGUACAAGUAUGUGCUUGACCAAAGAUAAGUCUAUAUAUGCGGCAGUUACAAAUGGCUUCAGAUCUGAAUCUUCUUACUGGCUAAUCUAUCAUGACAAGAACACUAAUAAAACAUCCAAAUAUUCUGUGACAGAUCAGAUUGACAGUAUGUGCUGUACAACUACUGGUGAUGUUGUUGCUUGUGUUUCAAACCUUUUGUACAUACCUCCUCAAAGUAUAUGUGUACUGAGAGUCAUUGAUGGAUCAGUUGUGGUAAUUAAGACAUUAGAAGGUAACGAUUAUAGGACCUGUAGCGCUGUGUCAUGUGAUGAUAAAGAUCAGAUCUAUACAGGAUGGAAUAAUGGAACAAUAAUCAUAUACAACAUCAAUCUGGAAUUUGUACGACUGUACACAAUAUCAGAUUAUUCAAAAAAUUUUUCCAACUCUGUUAUCAGCCCAAAAGGACAUGUAUUUACCAGUACUCAAGGAGAACUGCAUUAUGACAAUUUCAGAAGUUUUUCCAGCAGUGAAAGUAUGGUGAAAAACUUUACGCAAAACUGCAUAUGUGCAGCCAGUGAGGAUCCUUACACUGUAUUUAUUAUAGAGGAAUCAUCAAAAAAACUUGUCCAGUACAACACAAAAUGUCAGAAAAUAUCAGAGAUUCCUUUAAAAAUUCCUACUGUGUCUAUAUCUGAAAUGGUGUUUGAUGAAACAAGCUCAAGACUGAUCAUUUAUGACGACAUCUCUGAUAAAAUUCACAAUGUGUAUCUGAAAUAAACAAUCUGUAUAAAAUGAAAAUACAUCGUGAGGGUUAUCAACAUAAUCUUGCUAGGGGUAAGCUUUCAGUAAAUCAGUGACAGCAUUAAAUUUUGUUUUGUAUCUUUUAAGUAACAAAAAAAUUCAGAUAGCAAACUUCAGCUAUACAGGAGAGGAACUGAUUUGCAAAACCAGUUAAAUAUUUGUUUCAUAUUUUAUUAAGUUCCAGACAGUCACGUAAAAUAAUUAUACAUUGUUUAAUCAAUAUGUACACAAAGAAAAUACACAUGUUGUGAUUUUACAAUAUAAAAUUCAUAAUGACAGUUUUAUAAGAUUUUCAUUUCAUGUCACUGUUUGGCUGUUGCUGUUGAUCACAGGGGCACUUUUAAAGGAGUUUUCUAAAUAUGACUUGCUUUGAAAAUGAAGCUUAUGUGCAUUUGUAAGCAACUUAACCAAAUUAAAGUUUAAAUAAAAGAUA